AUGAGAGCUGCAGCCAUGACAUUGGAGGUCGAAUCUGGAUUCUCCCUCGACCCCAGUCCAGAGAUCACCUCCUUCCGCCAAAACGUCCUGAAUGGAAAAUGGCGCGAGGUCGACGCACUGCUCCUCAGGGAAUAUCUCAGGUACUCCGACCAAUCAGAUGACGCCCACAUCAACCCUUCCCCCCUCUCCCCCGUCUUCAACAAACAUGACAGCUGCGACAGUAGGAUUGCCCAAAGUCUCUUCGGCGUCGAUGCCCACGUCCUGAAACUGGCCAGGUUCCUGGUCAUCCAAGAAAAAUAUCUCGAGCUGCUGGAGUCCCGCCAGAUUCGAAAAGCGCUUGUCGUCCUACGAAGUGAGAUUGCGCCCCUGGUCACCCCGCCCAGUCAGAUAGGCUCCGCCUCCUCCACCCAGAAGCCAAAAUCACCCCCAUCGGGGAUCGGCCUGCCGUUCACCAACAAGCUACCAUCCUCCCCAGCGAACGCCGCCCUGGCUGGAUGGUCAACCAACCAGGACAAAGACCCCGGUGUCCAGAGGCUCUGUCUCUUGAGCUCCCUGAUGAUGUGCGGUACUAAAUUGAUACCUCCACAGAAGCUGCUCCCACACCAGCGCCUGCCGCAUCUGCACGAGCAAUCGAAGACGCUCCAACGCCUGCAAUGUUUGUGCCAUGUGACAAACCCUCCGAUCUCGCUGUUGUCGAACCACACCUGCAGCCGGUCGGCGUUCCCGACGGAGACCAGCCAUGUGCUGUCCCAACACACCGACGAAGUCUGGCGGAUCGAAUGGUCCCACAACGGCCGGAGACUCGCCUCCGCCGACCGCGCCAAGACAUGCAUCAUUUGGAAGCUGGUCCCCUCCCCCAAAUCCUUGGCUGCCUCCAACGGGGACUCGGCCCGCCACAACACGCGCUCCUCUCGCCUCUCCGGCCCCUCCUCACCCGACAAGAAACCCUCCUCCCGCAGACCCCAUCCUGCCACCCCUCACAGUCCCGUCCUCCUGACGGGCGCCGAUUCGACGAUCACAAUGUGGAACACAACGACGGGGCAAUGUAUCGCGACGAUGGUCAAACAUGCCUACGACGUGGCCGCCUUAUCGUGGCUGCCGGACGGCCGAAGCUUCGUCUCGGGCGGGCUAGAUGCCCUUGUGCUGUUUUGGGACUUGAAAGGACAAAACACUUACAAAUGGCAGGUCGGUCCGACCCGAAUCACCGAUCUGGCGCCAAAGACGGCGCGUGAGAUUGCCAGCAUCUCGGUUGCCCUCCCCUCUGACAAAGAAGUGCAGGCGAUGCUGCGUGACAGAGCCCAGGAGGCCCCGGGUGAUGAAGAUGAAGAUGGUGCCGCAGACGGCUUCUAA